GUAUGGAGUGCCCGAGCGCCUGCACUCUGAUCAGGGCAGAAAUUUCGAAAGUGCUGUGGUUGCAGAGCUAUGCAAGUUGUAUGGAGUAAAGAAAACCAGGACCACACCCCACCAUCCACAGGGUAACCCCCAGUGUGAGAGGUUCAACAGAACUCUACAUGACCUCCUGCGCACGCUUCCCCCUGAAAAGAAGCGGCGUUGGCCUGAGCAUCUGUCAGAACUUGUGUACGCUUACAAUGUCACACCACAUUCAACCACAGGGUAUUCACCUUACUACCUGCUGUUCGGGGUCCAUCCACACCUCCCGGUUGAUGCCCUGUUGGGCCAAGAGCAAAUGAGGGAUGAUCAGCCUGACUGGUUAAUUACCCACCAAGAGAGGCUGCGGGAUGCGCACGCACGAGCAAGAGAGUGCGCCGAGAGAAAGGCUGCUGGAAGAGUGGUGCAGCAACAGGAGAAAGUGUACUGCCCACCUGUUGGGGUGGGGCAGGAGGUGUACCUCCGACAUAGGCCUCCUGGGAGGAAUAAGAUCCAGGAUGCAUGGGCAAUUCCAGUGUACAAGGUUGUCGAGGUCCAUGGGACUACCUAUACCGUGGAACCUUUGGAGGGAGGCCCGAAGAAGAGGGUCCAUAGGUCCAACCUUCGGCCAUGUGUGGGGCCCGUACCAGUGCAAACCAAGCGUCACUGUUUGGCUGCCCCCACUGUUGAAGGGAUGUUAGUUUCGGAGUCGGAGUCGGAGUCUGACAUGGAGCCAGACUUUGUGUUGAUGGAGGAAGUCAGGUGUUCUCAAGCUGGGCAAGAGGCCAUCGUGGGGCCUGACAACUUGAACCUGCUGGCAGACAGAGCAGGAGGCCAUCAAGUAAUAGAGUGUGAGGAUGUGCCUGAGCAAAGGAGGAGCGAGACACCUAAUAGUGAUGUGGGGGCCAACUCCAUGGACCAUGCCCCACCAUCAGGGCGUUUCAGCUGCCCUGAGGAGAAAGGGGGACCGCAGCCUGUACCCGCUCCGAGAGGAAGGAAGGAGAGGAAGGCCCAGGUGGAGCCACCCGUUCCCCCUCCACGUCGAAGUGAGAGAGAGACUGCAGGGAGACAUAGAAAUAUGUUUCACCUACCCAGAUCAGCAUGUAAUUCUGUGUCCUUUAGCCCAGAUGUGUUCUCUCAGAUACUAGCAGGGGUGGCCCUUUAUACAUCCAACCUUAGAGAAGGGAUGGGGGAGUAGGAAGUCACCGAGGACGUUGACUUUUAGCAGGGGAGAAUGUAGCCAGGUGAAAUUGGAAGCGAUUAAAUAGAGGGUUAAACAGCCCCACCUGGUGGAGCAUUGUUGUCAUUCUCACUGAAGCUGGUUAGUCUCGCGAGAAUGCGGAAAUCCCGCGAGAUUUCAGAUCGAGGCUAGAGGCCAGACUAAUGUCCCGUACGCCAUCAGAUCGCCGCAAAGCUGCUUGAGAAACCGAUUGUUUGCCGCAUGGUGUGGAAAAGCCAGAGCAGUGGAGCAGCAGGGGAGAAAUCCAGUGAUAGGCUGAGGUGGUGUGUUAUAGCACAGGCUGACCACUGGAGUCAGAGUAAGUCACCGACUAUUCCCUGGUGUUAUGAUGUGAAGUGUUAUGUACUGUUUUGCUGUAAAACACUGUUUAGAUUAACUUUAUUGAGGGUAUAGAGUUUAGUCGUGUUGUAAUAUUGUGAAUGUGUUUGAUUGUUUUAUUCCUUUUCUUCUUGUCUUUGUUUUCUUUAUCAGAAAAGUGAGGCCACUGCUGUUGUCUGUAUAGGGAAUCUGAUUUGUACACAGUAGGAAAGCUUAG